AUGACUGGGUCCUCUUCUCAGUAAGUAAUUAUUUAAACUAUCAUGAAUUGAAUGAUUUGCACUAUUGGCUUAGACAUCUUAAGGGUAAAUGCAUUGUAACACGUCUGAACAAAUUGUAACUAACUAGUAUAGAUUUCAGCAGCUUGAAAAAUUAGGUGAAGGAACAUAUGCUACUGUCUAUAAAGGUAGAAAUCGUACUAAUGGGCAGCUUGUGGCAUUGAAAGAAAUCAACUUAGACUCUGA